GUGACCGAGGGACAAUCAACCACGAGGCCACCAUUGUUCGAUGGAACAAACUACUCGUAUUGGAAGGAGAGGAUGAGAAUCUUUAUCCAAUCCAACGACUACAAGCUGUGGUUGAUUGUGAAGAACGGCUGCGGAGUCCCUAUGAAGAAAGUCGGUGAAGUCAACGUCCCCAAAACAGAAGAGGAGUUCACCGACGAAGAUUGCAAAAAGAUGGAGCUCAACGCAAAGGCAAUAAACAUGAUUUAUUGCGGUGUUAAUGCAGAUGACUACCGUAAAAUCUCGCGGUGUGAAACCGCAAAACAAAUGUGGGAGAAAUUGGAGGUCACCUACGAAGGAACCGCGCAGGUUCGGGAGGCCAAAAUUGACCAUCUCACUCACGAGUAUGAACUCUUUUCAAUGAAGGAAAAUGAGAAGAUUGAGGAAAUGUUUGAGAGAUUCUCUAACAUCAUCAAUCCUCUCAAUCUUCUCGAGAAGACAUACACCGACCGAGAGCUCGUGAGAAAGGUGCUGCGAAGCCUAUCCCCCAAAUGGCGUUCAAAGGUGGACGCAAUCGAAGAAGGUCGUGACUUCCAAACAACGACCUAUGAUGCUCUUCGAGGUAAUCUUAUUACUUACGAAACUACCCAACUCUCAAAGGUGGUUGAAGAGAGAAACAAGAGGUCUAUUGCUCUACCCGCAACAACAUCAACCCACAACAACGUUGAUGAUGAAGAUGAUGACAGCGACGACACCGACCUCGGACUCUUUGUCCAAAAAUUCAACAAGAUGAUGCUCAAGAAGGGAGCCAAGAAGAACACUCCACCCAAAUGCUAUGGGUGUGGUGAAAUUGGACACAUCAAACCAAUGUGCCCAAAGCUCAAGAACGAGAAGGACAAGAAGGCACCGAAGAAGCAACGUGCCUACAUUUCUUGGGAGAACGACGGCUCCGGGAGUGAAGACUCGGAAACGGAGGAAGUGGCCAACUUAUGUCUCAUGGCCAUUGAAGAUGGUGAUACAUCAAAAGAGGGAGGUUCGCCAUCUCUCAUUUCCUAUGUUGACGGCAAAACCAUUUUCAUUGACGGUGCCGGUUUGACUUCUUUGUUUGGCCUUCGUCGCGGUGAAAUUACCGAAAACUUGGAUGAAACAUUCCAAGAUGAGGCAAUAUGGCGACAACUCGGGUUAGAUCAUCGUGACCUCAAGUUUAGAAACUCUAGCAACCCGAGUGUCAUUAAUCUCACUUUAAUUCAACGCGUCCAACAAUACAUUUUCUCAUAUGUUUUGUUGCCCCGUGAUUCGAACCAUGGCGUCGUCAACAAGGACGAUAUUCGUUUGUUUUACGUCUUGUUGAAUGAUGUCAAAUUUGAUUGGGUUCACUUCUUUAUCGUUGCACUUAGCGAUGGCACUCGCUUUUCCCAUCUCCGUUUUGCCAUCCCCAUUAUGCAUAUCCUUGCUCAUUGCAAAAUAGACCUUACUCGGGACACUCAGGUGCCGGUCAAGAAGACGUGUUUCAUCACUGAAGCCAAGUUUUCCCGGAUCGUGUAUCGAGAGGAGGGCGAUGCUGCACCAAAUCUGGACUUGAUCGUCGCCGAAGAAGAAGAAGAAAGCCAAAACGAGAAUCAAGCUGAGUCAUCUCAAGCCGGAGGUAGUCGAGCCACGGAGCGCGUCACUCGUCAACGGAGGACUCGUCCGAGAGAAGAAGCACCAAAACCAUCUUGGGUGAAGAAGAUCUUCGAUACUCUCAUGUGCAUCCGAGAUGACGUUCGCCAGCUCAACGAGAGGAUGACUCGUCUUGAGCAAUCUCGCUCCUACCGUGGCCCGCGUCACAGCUUUAGCGGAGGAGCUCGUCCGGCGAACUCUCUUUGAUUAUUUUCUCUUCUAUCUUAACUUUUUAUGAUACAUUGUUCUUUGCUAUUGUUGUUAUAACUCUUUUGGUGAAUGAUGUUAUUGCUAAUAUGGUUCUCUUUUAGAACAUAUUGUCCCUUUGUCGCAAUUCAUGUUAGAAGUUCUUUUGAAAACUCUUACAAAUUUUUUAUCCUUCUAAAUCCCGGCAUCAAUUAAGGGGGAAGGUUGUCGGUUGAUAAUGCCAAAAGGGGGAAGGAAGGAUCGUUGAGAAAACUUGUUUUUCAAAAUUGUUUUUCCGCUUAUUACUCCGAUUAUUUUACUGCACUUCUCUAACCUUGCAGGGGGAAUCAAUUAAGGGAAGUAUU